CCUUGGUCACCCUCAGCCCCCCGCGGCGUGGGGCACGCCGUAUCCGCUGUCGUCCCUGGUGCUAGGUGCGUCUUGAAUAGCCUGCCGCUGCCCUUCGUAUGCAAUUCCACCCUCGCCGUCCUCGGCUUAACUGGACUUGCUUGACGGCGAUCAUCGUCUUACCACGAAAAAGCAUUGGGCGGUCAAUAUAUUGGGACCCUGCUCUGCAUUCACCCCGGUAUUUUCCCAAUUCCUGGAAUGCUGUCUCUGCUGUAUGUAGCGCCCGGUGCUCCCACAGCACGAUCCACAGCAAUACGAUUUAUGUAUUAGUGCCGAGAAGGGGGGGGUGGCCACCGCAGAUUGGCUGGCCUGAAUCGUCGAGCGCCUUCGUAGGUACGAUCACCUACUUUUCCGGGCACGAUCGCCUCUGGCGUCAAAGACAUCAGGCAUACAAGUACCUCGUCACACAAACCUCGGCCACCACCCGGAGUUUCCCUGCCUUCUGCGACUCGAGCUGUUCACCAUCUGCAGCAAGUCGGGUGGUGGAGAGUCACCCCCUCGUCUGUCCCUCGAUACACCACACACGUAUGUAUGUGGUUGCGGACCCGACGUCGCCUAUGCUUGGUGACUGGCUCUGACGAAUCGACACGAUAAUCGCCCGCCUCUGACCCUCUGUCGCUCCUUUCACACCCUGAGCCCCCCGACUGGUUGAUACGCCCGCCCCUGUGGACGCUCGCCAGCUGCAAGGACGAGGCGAGCCAAAUCCCGACAUCCCGUACACCUGACC